UCAGUUUCGCUUCGGCUCUGCUCCGAGCAUCUCUCGCAGCUCCGCUCUGCGUCGCUGCCUCGUCUUGCUAAUUAUCACUUUUUUUUUUUUCCUUCAAUUAUUUCUACUCCACCGACAUCGCGCCUUACCGCCUUCGCCAAAAUGAAGGCGCAUCUCGUGCUCGGCCUCGUCCUCGCCACGUUGGGUCUUACGAGAGCUUGCGACCUGGACCAGAUGGGCUACGGAUGCAGAAUAUACAACGCGCAAUGCAGCUGCGGGUACGGAUGCAGGUCCGAGUUCAGAUACGAGUCGAACGAGGAGUGCAGACUCUCGCUAAGAGGAGGUCGUCAUGACAUCUGCUACCGAUCGAAUCCCUGUCUGAACGGAGGCUCCUGUCUGCAGAUCUCGCAAGACCCGGGGUACAAGUGCCGGUGCGAGGGGACCGGAUUUUACGGAACAAGAUGCGAGAGAACAUGCCCAGGAGCGAACAAUCUCCGUUUCCGAGGACCCUUCCCCUACGAGUGCGUGGUGAUCUGAUUCCCACGAGCCCAGGACCAUUGGACCUCGACGCACUCGUUCGGCCACCCCUGGCAGGAUUUCUACCAAUUUUUGUACAUAAUAAAUCGCCAG